GCCCUGUCUCUCUCUCUCAGACCCAUCCGAGUCUGUCGUUAAUACUACAGAGAGCUGGUUGUCCGUCGAAACACCCUCUCCGACAUGGGGAAGGGUUUCUUCAUCAGCAAGACACUGACGAUCGCCGGGGUGAUCGUGGGCGCCGGAGCGGUGGCUACCAUCAUUGCCCUGUCGGUGGUUUAUUCUCAGGAGAAGGCUAAAAACCAGGAAGUUAAGCCAACCAAUGGAGGAACAUCUCCCCCCACCACCACGCAAGUGACUCCCUGGGAUCCCUGGGACCACUACAGACUGCCCGACUCUUUGUCCCCCGUCUCCUACAACAUCACGCUCUGGCCUCGGCUGGAGGCCAGCCGCUCGACCGGCCUCUACAUCUUCACCGGCCGGUCGGCUGUGGUGUUUGAAUGUAAGAAGCCCACUGACCUGAUCCUCAUCCACUCCAACAAGCUGAACCUGACAUUGAUCAAUGGGCACCACGCCAGACUGACCGGCCUGGACGGAGCCACGCCUCCCAACAUUAAGGACAGCUGGCUGCAGCCUGUCACCCAGUUCCUGGUGAUCCAGCUGGACGGCAGGCUGCAGGCUGGGAACCGGUAUGAACUGUACUCAGACUUCACCGGGGAACUGGCGGAUGACCUGGGAGGCUUCUACAGGAGUGAAUACUUUGUGGGAGAGAUAAAAAAAGUUGUAGCUACCACUCAGAUGCAGCCCACGCACGCCAGGAAAGCUUUCCCCUGUUUUGAUGAACCCGCCAUGAAGGCUGUCUUCCACAUGACACUCCUCCACCCACACGGAACUGUAGCUCUGGCCAAUGGCAUGAAUGUAGCCUCAGUCAAUGUUACAGUGGAUGGCCAGGAUGUCACGCAGACCAGCUUCCAAGCCACACCCAUCAUGUCGACAUAUUUACUGGCAUUUGUAGUCAGUGAGUUUGACUUCAUAAGGUCCCCAGAAGGAGAAAAAGUGUUGAUAAGGAUUUGGGCUCGUAAGCAGGCCAUUGAAGAGGGGCAGGGAGAUUACGCCCUCGAGAAAACCGGACCGAUACUGGAGUUCUUUGAAAAGUACUACACCACAGACUACCCUCUAAAUAAGUCCGACCAGAUAGCUCUGCCUGACUUCAGUGCUGGAGCCAUGGAGAACUGGGGUCUGAUCACCUAUAGAGAGACAGCCCUGCUCUUCAACAACGCUAGCUCCUCAAACGCAGACAAGGAGUGGAUUGCAACUGUCAUCUCUCAUGAACUGGCUCACAUGUGGUUUGGGAACCUGGUGACCAUGAGGUGGUGGAAUGACCUGUGGCUGAAUGAAGGCUUUGCCACCUACGUCUCCUACCUGGGGGCCAACUCUGCUGAGCCCACGUGGAAUUAUACUGACCUGAUUGUGAUGAAGGAGGUGUACAAGGUGAUGUCUGUAGACGCCCUGGCCUCCUCGCAUCCUCUCUCCACCAAAGAACAAGACAUCAUGCAGCCUGCUCAGAUCAGUGAGCUGUUUGACUCCAUCACCUACAGCAAGGGAGCUGCCAUCCUGAGGAUGCUGUCAGAGUUCCUGACUGAGCCCGUGUUUGCCAGAGGACUCAGUACAUAUCUGAAUACUUUCAAAUAUGGAAACACAGUUUACCAGGACCUCUGGAAUCACCUGCAGACGGCUGCCAACUUAGCUCCUGAUUUAGAACUACCUGCCUCCAUAGAGGUCAUCAUGAACCGCUGGAUCUUGCAGAUGGGCUUCCCCCUGGUUUCCAUAGAUACCACCAAUGGACACAUUACCCAGAACCACUUCCUGUUGGAUCCGGAAUCUGUAGUGGACAGACCUUCUGAAUUCCAAUAUGAGUGGAUUGUUCCCAUAAAGUGGAUAAAGAGCGGCACUGAACAGACUCCAUUCUGGCUCAAGAGUAAAACAGACACUCAUCCACCAUUGAAAAUGAUUGGAUCUGAUUGGGUCUUGGCCAAUACCAAGGUGUCUGGUUUCUUCAGGGUCAACUAUGACACUGCUAACUGGGAACGCCUCCUCACACAGCUCAGCACGAAUCACGAGGUUAUUCCAGUAAUCAACCGAGCCCAGAUAGUAGAUGACGCUUUUAACCUGGCCAGGGCCAAGACUGUGAGCACCAAGCUGGCUCUGAGAACCACCCUGUACCUACAGAAAGAGAGAGAGUACAUGCCUUGGGAGAUGGCUGACAGAAACCUGGGCUACUUCUUCCUCAUGUUCGACCGCAGUGAGGUGUAUGGACCCAUGCGGGCAUACCUCAGAAAACAAGUCAUGCCCCUGUUCAACCACUUCCAGGCCAUCACUGCGAACUGGACCAAGAUCCCUGAUAACCACCUGGACCAGUAUACCCAGGUCAGGGCCAUAUCUCUGGCCUGCAGCAGUGGCGUGCCUGUCUGUGAGGCUCUGAUGACUAGCUGGUUCCAGGCAUGGAUGAAGACCCCGGAGAAGAAUCCAAUCCACCCCAACCUGAGACAGACGGUGUACUGUGGGGCCUUAGCAGCGGGAGGGGUUGAGGAGUGGAACUUUGCCUGGAAGAUGUACAAAGAGGCCCCCAUCGCCUCCGAGGCUGAGAAGCUGAUGUAUGGGCUAACUUGCACCAGGGAACCCUGGCUCAUCCAGAGGUAUCUCACUUACUGCCUUGAUCCAGAGAAGAUCCGUAAGCAGGAUGCCACGUUCACCAUGGUGUAUAUCGCUGGCAACGUAGUAGGCCAGUCUCUGGUCUGGGACUUUGUCCGAGCCAACUGGAACUAUAUAUACAAUGAUUAUGGAAGUGGAUCAUUCUCCUUCGGGCGACUCAUCGAAGGGAUAACCAGACGCUUUUCCUCAGAAUUUGAACUCAAACAGUUGCAGCAGUUCAUCAAAGAGAACUCAGACCAGGGUUUAGGUUCUGCCUCUCAAGCAGUGGAACAGGCACUGGAGAGAACCAAAGCCAACAUAAAGUGGGUCGCAGAAAACAAGGCUGAUGUCUUUCAAUGGUUCACUGACAACAGCAAACUCAUCUAACCAUAUUCAUGGACUUCUGUCUGGAGUUUACGUUAAGAUGUGGAGAAUGCAAGCAUUUGUGGAAUUUAUUAUUUAAAGACAAAUAAGCAGAUUUUCUUUCUGCGGAACCAAUAAAGUUUACAAUAAAUAAAAAAAUCAA